AUGGCUCUGUCAAAAAUGAUUAGCCGAUCUCACUUCUCGACAACGUACAGAGGGGCGGCGGGAAGGCUGUACGCCCCGGGCCUCCGAUUAAAAGGGGACCUCCGAUUAAAGGAGCCGCGUUCAUCAUUAUCAGGAAGCAUUGACUACGGUAAGACACAUAUUUUUAACCUUUUGUUGACUGACGGCGACGGACAAGAUGACCUGACAAUUUACGAAAAUAAUGUAAACUCUCGGAGGAUUGUUAUGACGAUGAGUCACAAGCCUUAUAGAUUGAGGUGCACGCUGUUUGGGCAUGAAAAAGAUGUGAGGGGUUUGUGUAGUUUGUACCAUCCUCCAUCCAGCUUCAUUUCAGUAUCUAGAGAUAUCACAGCCAGAGUCUGGGUCUCUGAUGAGUAA